AUGUGGUUGGAUGUUUUGCUGUCUACGCGCCGGGCUGUGCUAUUUGCAGCCCUCGCUUUGAGCACGGCGGGCCAAUGGCGAGGCGAGCAUUGCUUGGACAGCAUAGUCGCCCACUGGCGCAGCCCAUCUCGUGCUGCCAAGUCCGUCCCGUCUGACCGCCAGCCUUGA